AUGGAUGCUGUCAAUGAGUCUUCAGAGGGAGCUCCAUUCAUCCUGCUGGGACUGACGACAAGUCCUGGACAGCGGCGGCCUCUCUUUGUGCUAUUCUUGGUCCUGUACGUGGCAGGCAUCGUGGGUAAUGGACUCAUUAUGGCCGCCAUCCGGGCCAGUCCAGCCCUUCAUGCCCCCAUGUACUUCCUGCUGGCCCAUCUGUCCUUUGCUGACCUCUGCUUUACCUCCGUCACUGUACCCAAGAUGUUGGCCAACUUGUUGGCCCAUGAGCGCUCCAUCUCCCUGGCUGGCUGCCUGACCCAGAUGUACUUCUUCUUUGCCCUGGGUGUAACUGAUAGCUGUCUGCUGGCCGCCAUGGCCUAUGACCGCUAUGUAGCCAUCCGGCACCCCCUCCACUAUGCCACAAGGAUGUCCCGGGCCGUGUGCACAGCCCUGGUGGGGACCGCAUGGCUGGUGUCCCACUUCCACUCCCUCCUGCAUAUCCUGCUUAUGGCCCGCCUGUCCUUCUGUGCCUCCCACCAAGUGCCCCACUUCUUCUGUGACCACCAGCCUCUCUUAAGGCUCUCGUGCUCUGACACCCGCCACAUCCAGCUGCUCAUCUUCACUGAGGGUGCCGCAGUGGUGGUCACUCCCUUCCUGCUCAUUCUUGCCUCCUACGGGGCCAUCGCAGCUGCAGUCCUCCAGCUGCCCUCAGCCUCCGGGAGGCUCCGGGCUGUGUCCACCUGUGGCUCCCACCUGGCAGUGGUGAGCCUCUUCUAUGGGACAAUCAUUGCGGUGUACUUCCAGCCCACAUCCCAGUAUGAGGCAGAGCGUGGCCGCGUGGCCACUGUCAUGUACACCGUAGUCACCCCCAUGCUAAACCCUGUGAUCUACAGUCUCCGGAACCGUGACGUGCAGGGCGCGCUCCGAGCCCUUUUCACUGGACACAGGAUCUCAGCUGGUGACUCCUAA